AUGAUCGUUCCCGGAAAUUGGUCCAGGUCGUCCAAUGGGACCUCCAAAUCACGGAUAUCAGAUUCCAUCCCUAAAAAAAGGGUCAAACUUGUUACGUUGGAUGAUAAUACGAUAGUGGGGACCGUCCACUCGUAUACGCCAAACAACGGCUUACUGUCCCUUAUUACUGAGUCAAAAACUCCAACCAAGGAGAAUUUCGUCGUUAUUAAAAAUGCCUUCAUCAAGUCCAUAGUCAGCCUGUCAAAACCAAAAGAAUCAAAAUCGGGGUCAGUGAACGAGAAGUUCGCUUCCGACCCUCGUCCUCCUUACCCGAUUCCUCUCAAUAUGUUGGGACAUAACUACAAAGUGGAGAACUCUCAAACAGUCAGAAAACUCCAAUCGCAAUACAUCCUGGCUUCCACCCUGGGAGGAAGAAAAAUUACAACAGAAGGAAAAGAGAUCUUCACCAGUCUUUUCAACCUUUUACCAGACGGAGACGUCUCAAUGGAUAAAAAUGACAAUAUUAUUGUGUUCGAUAACCAUAUCGUUAUAUCCAAACCAUAUGGCGUUGAAAAUUGCAAAACCGUUUCGGGACACGACGAGCAACAGCUUUCGUACAUUCGCAAGAUCAUAAAAGACGUGUGGAGACAACUAGAAUCAAACAGAAAGGGAGGCUAA